AUGUCGAAAUCCGAGAGCGAUUCGAAAAGGGCCGCGGCAGCUGAAGACGAUGAUGAGCCAGAUGACUGGGACAAGCGGAUUUUCAGCACCGGAUGUGCAGGAGAUGCAGCGGAGAACACGAGGAUGAACGAUUGCUAUUAUGACAAGAAGGAUUGGAGGUUAUGCAAGGACGAGCUGGAGAAGUUCCGGCAAUGUUGGAAGCAGCAACAGAAUGAUAAGAGGACCGAGAUGAAAGAUGUGAAAGAUGCUUAA